AUGUCUGGAAGAGGUCGUGGUUCCUCGGGCAACAAGCUCAAGAUGUCGCUCGGUCUGCCUUGCGGCGCCGUUCUGAACUGCUGCGACAACUCCGGUGCCCGUAACCUGUACAUCAUCUCCGUUAAGGGUACCGGUGCCCGCCUCAACCGUCUCCCUGCCGCUGGUGUCGGUGACAUGGUCAUGGCCACCGUCAAGAAGGGAAAGCCCGAGCUCCGUAAGAAGGUCAUGCCCGCCGUUGUCGUCCGUCAGAGCAAGCCCUGGAGACGCCCCGACGGUAUCUUCCUCUACUUCGAGGACAACGCUGGUGUCAUUGUCAACGCCAAGGGUGAGAUGAAGGGAUCCGCCAUCACCGGCCCCGUCGGAAAGGAGGCUGCUGAGCUCUGGCCUCGUAUCGCUUCCAACUCUGGUGUUGUCAUGUAA